AUGUCUUUCUCGAAACUGACGAAAACGAUGUACAAAUCCAUGCUCGGGAGUUUUAUAUCCGCGGCGAAAAGACCACCGUCGACGAUUCCAGCGGUAGUUACGAUCGCCGAUUUCAGUCGGUGUCAUCUCGUGGAAAAGGAGGAAAAGGAGGAGAAAAAGAAAUGGAAGUCGUUCUCGGACGCGGAUUUUGGAGGCCGAAGUCGAGCAACUCUGACGACGACGAAGAAGGAAAAGAGGAACCACGUGAACGAGAACAACUUUGAUGAUAUUGGUGGUUAUGGCAGCGUCGUGUUCGAGGGAAACUUGGAUUCAUCGGUGCCGCAAUUGAGAGACGAGAAGAUGCGAGAGAUUCGGAGCUUGAAACGGUCCGGGUUCGCCGGUUUUGGAUGGAACGACGUGAAGGCGCGACUGACGAAAACGUCGAGAGAGAGGAAGGAUGACGAAAGCGAAGAACAAGAACGAGAAGAAGAAGAGGACGUAGAUUUGGAGUAUUUUUCGCACGUGCGGUUUACGAUGAGAAACUACGACGGCAGAGCGUACGUGUGCUCGAUAAAAACCGAGAGAGACGCGUUCGGGAACGGAGAACACGAUUUGUGGCAGGCGUUUUUACUCGCGCCGAAAACGACGACGAGCGAAGAAAGUAGUAGCGGUCGUACGAACUGGACCGAACUCACCGUCCCGCUCGAUCAGUUCAUGAAAACCUACAAAGGAGGCGUGGUGGAGUCGCAAACAAUCGGUGGUAAAGACAGUUUACGACGACGAGGGAACAUGCGAUCGAUUGGUAUCGCCUGCGGCGGUUUAGAGUUCGGCAAAGGCGACAUGGACGGCGCGUUUCGAUUGGAGGUGAAGAAAAUCGAGUUGUUGGACGAAGAGAGAGCGGGGGCGCUUUGA